AUGGCCAGUGACGAAGACUACAUGUCCUUUCUGAACAAGGCAAACCAAGACUUGAGCGACGGCCAGGCACUAGCCAAACACCAGAAGGAGGAGCAGGGCAAGGCCGCUUUCAAGACGACGGACCAAGGAAGCCAGGCCCCCAAAGCGAUUCAAGCGGCAUGCCGGGACGCCAUCUAUGUCACGGAUGCGGACGAGCCGUUUGAGGAGGUUUCUCUGAAAUGGAGCGGUGAUGGGCUACCAGAUGAGACCGAAUUUGCCAGGCUCAUCAAUCACUGGGAUGCCGAUUCCGCCGACGUGAGCAUCAUGGAUCCCGUCGACUGGGAUUGUCACGGCCAGUAUUCGGGAAUUAUUGACGCAGUGAGAGAGGCCACCAAGGGCAAUGACGUGAGGGUGUACCGCGUGGUGCGGGACGCGACCCGGUCGGAAUACUGGGUGAUUUCCAGAGACGAGGGACGGAUCGUGGGCGCGAAGGCUCUGGGGGUGGAAAGCUGA